AAAAUGGCUGAUUAUUCAUGCAUAUUAAUCUCCGGCCUGCUGCUGUUCUUAUUACUACAAAGUUCACAAUCAGAAUCCAACGUAAAAAAUUCAAAUAAUAAUAAUUAUAAGAAUAAUAAUGUAGUUAAAACAGAGGUGUUUCUCUCACCUAAGUUCGUGUUGGCGCCGGGAUUAGUCUCCAACAAAUACUACUACAACAUCGAUUUCCCACGUGGCCACAUCGCAAUCAAGAGCUUCAACGCCGAAAUCGUCGACGAAAACGGUAACCCGAUCCCCCUGCACGAGACCUACCUCCAUCAUUGGGUUCUCCAACGAUACUACCAUCAAAUCAACGGCUCGGAUUUCAUCCUCGUCAAAAACAGCGGCCUCUGCGGCACGGGGCUCACGCAGUACUUCGGAUUGGGUGCGGAAACUCGAAAGACGGAGACGCACAUCCCCGAUCCGUACGGGAUCGAAGCGGGGGGGAAUAUCCCGGCGGCCGGGUACGAAGAGGGGUGGUUCCUCAACGUGCAUGCGAUCGACACUAGGGGGGCCCACGACCGGCUGGCGUGCACGGAGUGCGGGUGCGAUUUGUACAACGUGACGGUGGACGAAUACGGCGUGACUGUGCCGCGGGAGUAUAAAGGUGGGGUGAGGUGUUGCCAUGACGGGACUCGAUGCCCCGUCAGAGAAGGAAUAUUCUUCUCGGGUGUGGCCGAGAGAAGUUUGUACUUGAGGUAUACGGUGAAGUAUGUUGAGUGGAACCCAUUGAUUGUGCCGGUUAAGAUUUAUAUACUCGAUGUCAGUGAUGUGUGGACCACGGUCGAUGGAUCUAGAGGGAGCGCCGAGACGCACAAUUGUGUGGUCGAAUAUGAUAUCGAGCCUUGUCCGAAUAGUGUGGCAAACGACGGAUGCGUUCACACGAAAACGCUGAGUGCGAGUUUGCCGAGUGGCGGCGAUGUUAUCUAUGGAGUUGGACACCAACAUGCUGGAGCAACUGGCAUUGCUCUGUAUGGAGAGGGAGGAAGAUUGAUAUGCUGGUCGAAUCCAAUUUACGGGACGGGGGAGGAAGCUGGAAACGAGGCCGGUUACGUAGUGGGAAUGUCGACAUGUUACCCGACACCUGGAUCACUAAAGAUUUCUUCUGGGGAGAAACUCACUCUUGUAUCCAACUAUAGCAAUGCACAAAGUCACACCGGGGUUAUGGGUUUCUUUUACCUCUUAAUCGCCGACUCAUCGCCAAAAUCGAACCCUCUUCGCCUCUAUGCUCCAUCCGAUGAAGUGUGGAAGAAUGCGAAGCUGUCCGAUUUCGUUUGGCCUAUUGUUGUACUCGGAGUUGUUGUUGUUGCUGCAGUUGUUGUCUUCGUGGUGUUGAAGGGUCGGAGUGGAAGAGGAGAAGACUACGAAGCUAUGUUAUAACUUAUAAGCUAAGCAUUGUUUGUGUUCAUUUAAAAUUAGCAAAAAGAACUUGUCAAAACUUGUAAGUGUUGGAUUAUAUACUCAUAUGUCAUAAGUGUGAAAUUUGAAUUUAAGUAGGCGAAUCGGAAAGGAAAUAGUUAAGAGUUUAUCGACUUCUAAAAUAUAUUGUCAAAUUUAUGAGUGUACAAAAUGUUUUAAAUAAGUUUAGCCAAACGGAUCCUUAAUAUUAAAUUU